GUGUCCAGCGAGUGGUCUCCUCCUCCAGCUAAGUGCUGCUGCGGCGUCCCGCGGCCUCUCCGAGAGUCGGGCGGGAGGGGAGAGCGGGUGUCGAUUGGUCUUAACGAACUAAGAUUCCAGAUGGCAAAUUCUAUGAAUGGCAGAAACCCUGGUGGCCGAGGAGGACCACCCCGAAAAGGACGAAUUUUGGGAAUUAUUGAUGCUAUUCAAGAUGCAGUUGGACCCCCUAAGCAAGCAGCAGCAGAUCGGAAAACUGUGGAGAAAACUUGGAAACUCAUGGACAAAGUGGUCAGACUGUGCCAAAAUCCCAAACUUCAGUUGAAAAAUAGCCCACCAUAUAUACUUGAUAUUUUACCUGACACAUACCAGCAUUUGCGACUUAUAUUGAGUAAAUAUGAUGACAACCAGAAACUUGCCCAGCUCAGUGAGAAUGAGUAUUUUAAAAUCUACAUUGAUAGUCUAAUGAAAAAGUCAAAACGGGCCAUAAGACUCUUUAAAGAAGGCAAGGAGAGGAUGUAUGAAGAGCAGUCGCAAGACAGACGAAAUCUCACAAAACUGUCCCUUAUCUUCAGUCACAUGCUGGCAGAAAUCAAAGCAAUCUUCCCCAACGGGCAAUUUCAGGGAGAUAACUUUCGUAUUACGAAAGCAGACGCUGCUGAAUUCUGGAGGAAGUUUUUUGGAGACAAAACUAUCGUGCCAUGGAAAGUAUUUAGACAGUGCCUUCAUGAGGUCCAUCAAAUUAGCUCUGGCCUGGAAGCAAUGGCUCUAAAAUCAACGAUUGAUUUAACUUGUAAUGAUUAUAUUUCAGUUUUUGAAUUUGAUAUUUUUACCAGGCUAUUUCAGCCUUGGAGCUCUAUUUUGCGGAAUUGGAACUUCUUAGCUGUAACACACCCAGGUUACAUGGCAUUUCUUACCUAUGAUGAAGUGAAAGCACGACUGCAGAAAUACAGCACCAAACCGGGCAGCUACAUUUUCCGGUUAAGCUGCACAAGACUGGGACAGUGGGCCAUUGGCUAUGUGACGGGGGAUGGCAAUAUCUUACAGACCAUACCACAUAACAAGCCCUUAUUUCAAGCGCUGAUUGAUGGCAGCAGGGAAGGAUUCUACCUUUAUCCUGAUGGGAGAAGUUACAAUCCUGAUUUAACUGGAUUAUGUGAACCUACACCCCAUGAUCAUAUAAAAGUUACACAGGAACAAUAUGAAUUAUAUUGUGAAAUGGGCUCCACUUUUCAGCUCUGUAAAAUUUGUGCUGAGAACGACAAAGAUGUCAAGAUUGAGCCUUGUGGGCAUUUGAUGUGCACCUCUUGUCUUACAGCAUGGCAGGAGUCAGAUGGCCAGGGCUGCCCCUUCUGUCGCUGUGAAAUAAAAGGAACAGAGCCCAUAAUUGUGGACCCCUUUGAUCCAAGAGACGAAGGCUCCAGGUGCUGUAGCAUCAUUGACCCUUUCGGAAUGCCGAUGCUGGACUUGGAUGAUGAUGACGACCGAGAGGAGUCCUUGAUGAUGAAUCGAUUGGCAAAUGUUCGAAAGUGCACUGACAGGCAGAAUUCACCAGUCACCUCACCAGGGUCAUCUCCGCUUGCACAGAGAAGAAAGCCACAACCGGACCCUCUCCAGAUCCCACAUCUAAGCCUGCCUCCCGUGCCUCCUCGCCUGGAUCUAAUUCAGAAAGGCAUAGUUCGGUCUCCAUGUGGCAGCCCAACAGGUUCACCGAAGUCUUCUCCUUGCAUGGUGAGAAAACAGGAUAAACCACUCCCAGCACCACCUCCUCCCUUAAGAGAUCCUCCUCCCCCUCCACCUGAGAGACCCCCUCCAAUCCCACCUGACAAUAGACUGAGUCGUCACUUGCAUCCUGUGGAGAGUGUGCCUUCCAGAGACCAGCCAAUGCCUCUUGAAGCCUGGUGCCCUCGGGAUAUAUUUGGGACUAAUCAAUCAGUAGGGUGUCGACUCCUAGGGGAAGGCUCUCCAAAGCCUGGAAUCACAGCGAGUUCGAAUGUAAAUGGAAGACACAGUAGAAUGGGCUCCGAUCCAGUGCUAAUGAGGAAACACAGGCGUGAUGAUUUGCCUUUAGAAGGAGCCAAGGUCUUUUCCAAUGGUCACUUGGGAAGUGAAGAGUAUGACGUUCCUCCUCGACUUUCUCCUCCUCCCCCAGCCAGCACCCUUCUCCCGAGCAUCAAGUGUACUGGUCCAUUAGCAAAUUCUCUUUCAGAGAAAACAAGAGACCCAGUAGACGAAGAUGAUGAUGAAUAUAAGAUUCCUUCAUCCCAUCCUGUUUCCCUGAAUUCACAACCAUCUCAUUGUCAUAAUGUAAAACCUCCUCUUAGGGCUUAUGAUAACGGCCACUGUAUAUUGAAUGGAACACACGGAACAACUUCAGAGAUGAAGAAAUCAAACAUCCCUGAUUUAGGCAUAUAUUUAAAGGGAGAUGUUUUUGAUUCAGCCUCUGAUCCAGUGCCAUUACCACCUGCCAGGCCUCCAACUCGGGACAAUCCAAAGCAUGGUUCUUCACUCAACAGGACGCCCUCUGAUUAUGAUCUUCUCAUCCCUCCAUUAGGUGAAGAUGCUUUUGAUGCCCUCCCCCCAUCCCUCCCACCUCCCCCACCUCCUGCAAGGCAUAGUCUCAUCGAACAUUCAAAACCUCCUGGCUCAAGUAGCCGACCAUCCUCAGGACAGGACCUUUUCCUUCUUCCUUCAGAUCCCUUUUUUGACCCAUCAAGUGGCCAAGUUCCUUUGCCUCCUGCAAGGAGAUUGCCAGGUGAAACUGCCAAGUCCAACAGAACGUCACAGGAGUAUGACCAGCUUCCUUCAUCUGCAGAUGGUUCACAAGCACCAGCCAGACCUCCUAAACCACGACCCCGCAGGACUGCACCAGAAAUUCACCACAGGAAACCCCAUGGGCCUGAGGCAGCAUUGGAAAACGUUGAUGCAAAAAUUGCAAAACUCAUGGGAGAGGGUUAUGCGUUUGAAGAGGUGAAGAGAGCCUUAGAGAUAGCCCAGAAUAACGUCGAAGUGGCCCGUAGCAUUCUCCGAGAAUUUGCCUUCCCCCCUCCAGUCUCCCCGCGUCUGAAUCUAUAGCAGCCAGGACUGUCAACGCCCAAGUGUAAAGCAAUCGGUGCAUAUUCCAGGAGUGUGGAAAGCAGAGAAGUGCAGUAGAAUUUAAGAAGGAAGGUGUCUCGUCCUCAUGUGUCGUCUUGAGAGAGGCUUGAAAGGGCUGCUUCUCAGAAGACGGCUGUGUGCUCAGGAGGUCAACAGCUGCGGCUUCCUUGUUUUUGCUAGCCAUACUUUUAAAUCAGGGUUGAACUGACAAGAAUAAUUUAAAGACGUUUACUUCCCUUGAACUUCAAAUCUGUGAAAUGCUUCUCCUUGUUUACAAGUUGGCGAAGUUGCAGUUUGUUUUUAGUUUUGUUUUGUCGACACUUGUACUGUGUUCUUGACAGACCCUUUGUAGAGAGGUCAGGUCUGCUGUAACAUUC